UAGGUCUCAGCCAAUAGAGGCUCAAUAAAUCUAACAAAACUUGUCACAAAUAUUUUAACAAAACCUAUAGGAUUAAAGCAUGGUUACAAGACAAGGUUUGGGUUCCACAGUGUGGGAGAGUAUUUAUAUUAGAAAAAGGUGACAAAGUUGCAAGUACACUGCUGUUCCUUUGGACUAACGACAGGAGCCCUUUUCUAUCAAUAAUGAAUAUGGUUCACUGCCAGCAAAGCCAUGACAUCACUCUAAUUCUAGGCCAUCAGUAUUUAUAUUUCCGACAAGAUCAGGACCGGUUCCUCGCAUAUUGAUCAGUUAACCACACAUUGGUUCACUGUUAGAACUCCUUAGAGCAAAAACAUCUAGCAAGGAAAUGAAGAAAGCAGAGUUGGUGUUAAUCCCAAUACCUGCUCGGGGCCAUAUUGUUUCAGCAGUAGAGAUAGCUAAGCUUCUUGUUCAGCGUGAUGAUCGCCUUUCCACUACUAUCUUCAUAUAUCCACCUCGUAACCCCAUCACUACCAACUACAACGAGUCACUUGCUGCAUCAACACUCCCUGAUCGUCUGCGAGUCAUUAUCCUGCCCAGUGCUGAAUCAUCAGAUACUAAACCCCGUAACCAGUUUAUAACUUCCGUGUAUGAAGGCCAAAAACCCCUUGUCAGAGAAUAUGUUUCCAAGAUCAAAACUCAGUCCGAGUUGAGCCCUGACUCUCCUCAGUUUGCCGGGUUUAUUUUUGAUGCGUAUGCUACAGGACUGAAAGAUCUGGCGAAUGAAUUUGAUGUUCCAUGGUACGCUUUCUGUGCCUCGGACGCUGCUUAUCUUGGUUGCGUGUUACAUCUCAAGGUUCUUCAUGAUGAGCAGGGAGUGGACAUCACUGAGCUCGGAAACUCGGAUGUUGAGUUGGAAAUUCCGAGCUUGGCGAACUCAUUUCCUGUUAAAUGCUUGCCUUUAUCGUCACUCGAAAAAGAGACGCUCCCUAUUGUUCUGGAGAUUGCAGGAGGUUUGACGGAAGCCAAAGGUAUUUUGAUAAAUACAUUUUUAGAGCUUGAACCGCAUGUUGUUAACAGUCUUUCCAAUGGCAAGACCCCACCAGUGUAUCCAGUGGGACCAAUUGUUAAACAUGAAGGAGAUGGUCGUGAUCUGGGGUCAGAUGGGAGCAAGAAUUAUAGGGACAUCAUGCAAUGGCUUGAUGAUCAGGCUCCAUCAUCGGUUCUGUUUUUGUGCUUUGGGAGUCGAGGAAGUUUUAGGUCAGAACAGGUGAAAGAGAUCGCUUGUGCACUAGAACGUAGUGGACAUCGAUUCUUAUGGUCCCUACGUAAACCUUCACCGAGUGGUAAAUUGAAACCUCCGAGUGAUUAUGAGAAUCUUCAAGAAGUUUUACCAGAAGGGUUUUUAGAUCGAACAGCCAAGAUCGGGAAGGUGAUUGGAUGGGCUCCACAAGUGGAUAUUUUGGCCCAUCAAGCCGUGGGAGGAUUUGCAUCACAUUGUGGAUGGAAUUCUAUACUAGAGAGCGUAUGGUUUGGUGUUCCAAUUGCCACUUGGCCAUUGUAUGCUGAGCAACAAUUUAAUGCCUUUUACAUGGUGAUUGAGUUGGGGUUAGGGGUGGAAAUUAAGAUGGACUAUACGAUGAAUCUUCAAGGAGAUGAUGAAAUAAUUGUAAAUGCUGAUGAUAUAAUGAAAGCAAUAAAACAUAUUAUGGAGGAAGAUAAAGAAAUAAGAAAGAAGGUAAAGGAGAUGAGCAGAAUAAGUGAAAAAACGUUAAUGCCUGGUGGAUCUUCGCAUUCUUCUUUGGGUCGUUUUAUUGAUAAUAUAAUAGAAAACCUGUCAUGAAUCAAUUGAUCCAAAUUCCGAACUUUAGUCUAAGCAAUUUUCUUACAAGAUCCUUAUCCUUAAUUUAAGAUUUAUGUAAGACUUGGUGUAACAAGAAUGUUUAGUCAUGGCCAA